GCUCUCCUCUGUGUCAAGGCAGGUGCAUCAGGCGUGUCGAGACAGGGGCGGUCGUUCUCAGUCCGCGCACAUCUUCCAUUUGGCCGGCAUCACUCGGAGUCCACAGACACGGCUCUGAUUGAGCCUCCUCGUCGUCCUCCGUCCUCACUCGGGAGCCGAGGUCGCGGCGCUCCACCCACGCCUGGCCAGAGUUCCUCCACCACGCACACAACAAUCGGACGCCUGUGUGUCACACUGCACAACUCAACUUUCGCCAAGAAGUCCUUGAAAAACAUUGUUUUUUUGGGUUAUAAUGAAGCUGUAGGUGUAAAAGUUGAACACGUCAAGGAAAUAUUUUACUGCCCUGGGAAGUCGUUUAAGUAAUUUUUUUGGAGGAUUUAUAACUUUUUUUUGGGUUUAAUUUUGGUGUGGAGCUUCUCCGUGGUUGUGCAGCGGUGGAAUCCUCCGAGCGUAGCCGAGAGGAGAGAGCGCUGCGCCGGGGAGCAGGCUGACCCUCAGGACCGCACCUACCGAGGCAAGGUUAUGACGGAGUGCAGCUGAACAUGGAGCUUUUCUGGAUUUUGUUGUUUUCUAGCGUCUAUCCGCUUGCUCGCUGCCAAGGAGUUUACGCGCCAGCCAACGCCCAGAUUGUGCACUCGGGCGCCGCGUGCAACGUCAAGGACGAUAACAUCAGCGAGAGAAUAUACACCAUCAAAGAAGGAGACACGCUCGUGCUUCAGUGCAUCGUGAAAGGACACCCGAGACCACAGAUACGAUGGACAAAGACGGCUGGCAGCGCCUCGGACAAGUUCCAGGAGACGUCCAUCUACAACGAGACGCUGCGCAUUGAGGGCAUCCAGAGGGUGCAGGGGGGUCGCUACUACUGCAAAGCCGACAACGGGGUUGGGGUGGCUGCCAUCAAGUCCAUCCGUGUAGAUGUGCAAUACCUGGACACACCAGUUCUAACGGUUCACCAGACCAUCAGUGACGUGCGUGGCAGUUAUUACCAAGAGAAGACGGUAUUCCUGCGCUGCACCGUCAACUCCAACCCGCCGGCUCGAUUCAUCUGGAAGCGUGCCAACAUGCUCAUCGAACAAAGCAAAGACAAUGGGGUGGACAUCUACGAGCCGCUUUACACUCAGGGUGAGACCAAGGUGCUGAAGCUGAAAAACCUGCGAACGAAGGAUUUUUCAGAUUACACGUGUCAGGUGUCGGUCCGCAAUGUGUGUAACAUUGAAGACAAGUCAGUCACCUUUCGGCUCACAAAUGCAACAUCUCCUCCAAUGGUACGGCUGUCCGUCGACGACACGGUGGUGGUGGAUCCCGGACAGGACGUGAUCAUCACCUGUGAGGUGACAGCAGGGUUCCCCCGUCCUAACGUGAUGUGGGCACGGUACCCGGGACUCCUUCCCCUCAACGCCCAAGUCCGGGGAGCCUCACUUAUACUGCGGGCCGUCACUCCGAUGGACGCUGGCUUCUACAACUGCACGGCGGUCAACAAUGUGGGCAACCCUGCUCGCAAGAACGUCAACGUUGUUGUCAGGACCAUGAGCAACCUGACCUUCCAAAUCACCCCGGACUCCAACAAAGACAGCGAGACCAUCCAAAUGGGUCGUGACCUCAAGCUGUCCUGCCACGUGGACGCCACCCCUCAGGACAAGGUCAACUACACCUGGUACAAGAACGGCGCCCUGGUCUUCAACUCGGACAGCCUGAUCUUGCUACGCAGUGACCCCGACAUGGCGCCAGGCACCAGCAGCUUGGAGAUCGUGGACAUGAAAUUCAGAGACUUGGCCACCUACAGCUGCGUGGCUAACUUCCCUGGCAGCAGCGUGCCAGAGCUCCGAGUGGAUGUCAACAUUUCCCAGAACAGUGUCUCCCCACCGAUGCUGGCGGUCCCUCCGGGAGGUCAGGUGGUCAAUGCUCGAGAAGGCGGCAAUGCAGAACUGGUGUGCUUAGUGGUCGACGGCAAACCACGUCCGCCGAUCCUCUGGUCUCGCAUGGAAAAGGACCUGCUGAUGCCAACAGGGAAGUCGGUGGUGGAGACGCCCGACGGACGCCUGAGGCUGAGGAAUGUAAGCCGGGACAUGAUGGGAGCUUACCGCUGCCAGACUGCUCCUUACAACGGUCUGAACAUCAAGAGGCGAGAGGCGCAGGUUCAACUCAACGUGCAGUAUCCUCCCAUUCUGGAUCCAGUAUAUCAGGAUACCCGUGCAAGGAACUAUCAGAUGGUGACACUCAGGUGUACGGCGCUGCGCUCCAAUCCCCCUCGUAUUACGGACAUUCGCUGGUUCCGCAAUGGUGACUUAAUUCGUAUGCCUAUGCCGGACCUGAAGGAGACCCCCGAGCUGAAGUUCAAGCUGGAGCCCACCAGCAACGGAUCUUAUGAGUGCCGAGUCAGCAAUAGUGCGGGUACAUCCACGUGCAGAUUUAAUGUUUCUGCAACACCUUACAACGCCGAAUUCUACUUCGACACACCCAACCCGGUGAGGAUUCUAAAGGGAAACAACUACUCCUACAACCUGCAGUGGACGCAGAGAGAGCCCGAGGCUACAGAUCAAAUCAUCGGCUACUGGAUAAACGUCCGAAAGAACAAGCAGGGCCUGUUUUCGAAGCAGAUAGCCCUCAAGGCCAAGGAACCAGAGAAGGGGGUCCUGAUGUCCUCCACCAUUCCCGACCUGAGGAUCCCUCUUUCCUACGAGGUCCGACUAGCUCCCAUCACCAUCUACAGCAUGGGGGAAUACGUCAGUCGCAUCAUCCAGUAUUCUGAGCCUUACACCUAUCCAAGACCUUCAGACCAUGUGUGUGGUUUUGAGGACGAGAGGAUCUGCGGUUUUUCUCAAGACCGUAGCGAUGUCUUUGACUGGACACGACAGAAUCACCUGACCCAGAAUCCAAAACGAUCUGCCAAUACAGGCCCUGAGACGGAUCGCAGUGGAACCAAAGAAGGCUACUACAUGUACAUCGAGGCAUCUCGACCUCGUGUUCAAGGGGACAAGGCUCGUUUGCUGUCUCCACUUUUUAAUGUGACCACGGUCAGAGGUCCCAAGGGGUCUGGCAGAGUACCUUACUGCGUCUCCUUCUACUACCACAUGAAGGGCAAACACAUUGGCACCCUAAACGUCCUCCUGAGAGUGAGGAGCAUUGCCUCUGUGGACACCUUGUUGUGGACCAAGUCAGGUCACCAAGGGCCCAAUUGGAAGAAAGCUUACUUUGACAUCAAUCCCAGUGGACCAUUCCAGAUUGUUUUUGAAGGAAUCCGAGGGCCGAGCUUCGAGGGUGACAUCGCUAUCGACGACGUGUCCAUCACUCUCGGCAAAUGCAAGCAGGAUAACACUGUAGCCAGCGCAGGUAAGACAGUUCUGAUCGGUGGAUCACAGGCUCUCCCAUUGGCCAGCUGGCUGACGUUCGGCCUUUCCUGCGUCCUCACCUUGCUAUGCAGAUGAUGAGCGGCCGCCACAGCGCCACCUGCUGUCUGUGCUGACAGACACUGCCCUGACUCGUGCUCUUUUACUUCUUCUCUCAAUCCCGGACUUCUUCCCUUUCUUUGUCCCUGUCCACUUUGUUCUUUGUGCAUCCAUGAUAACGCGCCUACAUUAAACCUAACGUUAUUUGCUUUCUUCAAACACAUACUCGAACAAACUUAGUUGUGUAUUUAAGGCCAAAAUCUCUAUCGGCCUGUUAGAUUCCCUAAAAUCCAUGUCCGUGUCUCUUCGUCUCCUCCAUGUAUUACCACCCCAACCUUCCCCAAUUACCGCGACUCCUUCAUCCCCUUAUCCCCAACCAGACACACUAAAGUGUCGGACACUCUACCAAAGAUGACCUGAGGGAAUAGAAUGAGAGAAACAGGAUUCCAGGGAUCUGGUGAAAGAGAGGAAUAAAUUGGGCCAAUCUGUCCUUUCUGCUAAGGCGGAUGAAACAAACUGAAGAACGAAAGAAGCGCAAAUAGGAAGAAGAAAAACUUCUGGUAGCCUCUUUGCUGGCCACGAGCUCCGUGUGGAUUAUACGUGUACAUUUAUCAAUAUAUAUUAAAUAUAAGCAAAGUCUAAAUAUACGUGGGCAGUCGGAGGACUCUUUGAACUGAAAUCCAAGAAGCACAACAUUUAUACAACCUCUGUUGUUCCUUUGGGUAUUACCAGAAUUACGUGGUGUUGCGGUUUGUCUGAGCAGCAGUUUUUUUUGUAAAAUGUUUUGUUUACGGACAAUGGGUGAGCCAUUUAUUGGAGAUGGUGCGACACAAGAAUGAAGAGAAGGAAGUGUUCGUUACAGAGAACAGGUCAUUAAAGAAGCUCAUGUGUACAGUAUGUAGCUGCUGUGCCGUGCAGAUUACUUGAACGUAAAAUCUGCCAACAUUGUUCAACGCUGAAUGUCUGUCUUGUGAACAGUCACUCAUGUAUCACAGCUGUCCAAAGAAAAGCAAGUAUCACCGGAAAAAAAGUUGAAGGUACAUGUUUUUCAUUGGAGAUGAUGAUAUGGUUGUUAAAAUCAAGCAAUACUCAUAUCUAUACUCUAUAACCCAUAGCUUAUGAUUACAUCUAUGAUAGCAUUUCAUUACAUAGUCCCACGAUGAAUGAUUUUGAUGCGUUUAUUCCUGCAGGUCUAUACUGUUAGUGCGCCUCUAGCCUGUUUGAUCAUUCACGGUUGUAUAUUUCCUUUGGUAUCUUCACAAUAACUUUGAUCCCUUCUGUAUUCCACCUGUGUCGCCGCAGGUUUAUGAUCAUCCUUGUGUUUUUUUUAACUCACGUUUUGCCUCAAAACCACAAGCUUUGUGGCUAAAGGUUAUGUGUACAUUGUGUCGAUGCCACUUCUUCGGUUCCCGUGUAUUUCGGUCACGUUGGACAAAACGCUACAGAUGGAUGAAUUAAACCAAGCAAAGCAA